CCAAACCCCCCAGCCCAUGCCCAGCUCCACCCCAAGUCCCCAACACACAGCACACACCACAGAGGGCGCGCGCACACCACGCCGCCUCCCCUCCCAGCCUCUCACCUCCGGCGGCGGCGACGAGCCAGAGAGAGAGAGAGGCCGGCCGGGGAGGAGGAAGAGGAAGAUGAUGAUGCCCACGGGCGGCGAGUCCAGGUCCCCCGUGCGCGCGCUGCGGCGGCUGGCCGGCUCCCUCCUCGCCGCCGCGCGCCUCCGCGGCUCCUUCAGCGCAUCCAAGUGCAAGACGGAGGCGCGGAUGGCGGCGGCGCGGAUGAAGCUGCUGCGGAACCGCCGCGAGGCGCAGGUGCGCAAGAUGCGCGGGGACGUCGCCGCGCUGCUCCGCGACGGCCGCGAGGACACCGCCCGCAUCAGGGUUGAGCAUGUAAUUAGAGAACAAAACACUAUGGCGGCAAAUGAGAUUAUUGAACUUUUCUGCGAACUGAUUGUUACACGGCUUCCCAUCAUUGCCAAGCAGAAGGAAUGCCCAGCAGACCUGAAAGAAGGUAUCUGCAGUUUGAUAUUUGCAGCCCCAAGGUGCUCUGAACUCCCUGAACUCACUCGCAUGCGGGACCUUUUUGAAAAGAAGUAUGGGAAAGAUUUCGUUGCUGCUGCAGUUGACCUGCGCCCAAAUGCUGGUGUUAAUAACCUUCUAAUUGAGAAGCUGUCAGUCAAUAAGCCGUCCGGGCAAACUAAGCUGAAAGUUCUCAAGGAUAUAGCAAAGGAGCAUCAAAUCGAUUGGGACCCGAGCGAGGCUGAGCAGGAUCUUCUUAAACCUGCUGAAGAGCUGAUUCAAGGACCUAGUUCAUUUGGUGAAGCUUCGAAAAUGCCUGUGAAGACUACGCUAUCAGCAAAUUUUGUGCAACCCACUCCAUCUAAUUACAGUUCUGGAUACGCUGAUGAGUAUGAUGAUAAUCAUGUUGGGGGUGCCAUGCAAUUCAAGGAUGCAGCUUCAGCUGCUCGAGCAGCUGCAGAGUCUGCUGCGCAAGCAGCGUCUGCCGCUAAGGCUGCAGCCAGCCUUGCCAACCAGAACGCCCAUUCGUCCGACGAAGACGAUGACGAUGACGAGGACUGGAAGACCACUCUUCACGAGUCCACUCAUUCUAGCAGGCGCCAAUCGAUGAUGAGCAACUCAAGCAGAACCUCCAGGAAAGAGAAUGCAUCCACCUUCGACGAAAUGAGGCUCCGAGGAAGCACAGGGAGGAGGUUAAGCGGGUCGAACCACAUGGAAGAUAAAGACUCAGACCUGCUUCAGGAUCUGGGUACUGGCAGGACGCGCAGAAGGAACAGCCGUGCUGCUAGCAAGGUGCACUCGGAGAUAAAGUUUGAUGAUUCGGAGGCGGAGGACGGCAGCGACGCCGAGAUACAGUCCUCCCUUGAGAGGCGGCCUCCACGGAAGGAACGUUACCCAGGAAACGGUCACCACGAAGAGAAGGAAGUAGAAGACGACGAUGAUGACUUCCCUGAGCCGCCGAAGGCGAACCCCGGCUCCUGCGUUCAUCCGAACAUGCCCCUGGACUUUGAGACCCUGACGGCGCGCUUCGAGGCGCUGAGGUCAUCCGGGGGGAAGCUCCCUUAGCUCGCGCAGUGGAAUCAUGAUGUUGAAUCCUUUGCUGCGCCUAUACAAUGCCAGAACUACAUACUCCUAAGUUAUAUAUAGUACUUGUCUCGUGCGUUUGGCUUUGCAAGUGCUGGCUUGCCCCAAACUAUUAUUACAUUUGUGUUGCUCCCAGGUAUAUAGGCUAUCUGAACUUGUGAAAUGGAAACUUUUGUGUCA